AUGGAGACAAUAAGAGUAUUCAUAACCAUAGCAACACAAAAACAAUGGUGCAUCUAUCAGCUCGACGUCAAGACAACAUUCCUGAACGGCGAGCUAAAAGAAGAAGUCUACGUUAUGCAACCAGAGGGAUUUGUCGUUCAAGGGAAAGAAGAUCAAGUAUAUAGACUCCACAAGGCCUUGUAUGGGCUUCGUCAGGCACCUCGGGCAUGGUAUAGCCGAGUCGAUGAUCACUUCACCAAAAUGGGAUUCGUGCGCAGUGCGAACAAGCCCACUGUUUACAGGAAGCAUCAAGGAGUUGCAGGUGAGCUUCUACUCUGUUUAUAUAUGGAUGACAUAAUAUAUAUGGGGUCAUCUGAUGAAAUGUUGAGAGAAUUCAAGCAAACAAUGAUGAAGACCUUUGAAAUGUCAGAUCUCGGUCUGAUAAAAUACUUCCUUGGCUUGGAAGUGAAGCAGUCAAAGGGUUCCUUGUUUCUCUCUCAUAAGAGAUAUGCUGAGGAUCUCCUGAGUAAAGCAGCCAUGUUACAUUGUAAACCCAUUAGUACCCCAAUGAAUUCAAAUGAGAAGCUGCAAUCUCAGGACAGUUCUGGUUAUACAAAUCCAUCAAAAUACAGGAUGCUAGUUGGGAGAUUGCUCUACCUCACACACUCUCGACCAGACAUUAUGCAUGUUGUCUCGAUUAUGUCUAGGUUUAUGCAAACUCCUAGUAUGCAUCACCUCGGCGCAGUGAAACGAAUUCUGAGAUACAUCAAUGGAACAACCAACUAUGGUCUCCUCUACACUAAGAAUGAUGAAUUCAAUUUGACAGGCUACUCCGACAGCGACUUGGGUGGGUCGCAGGAUGACCGAAAAAGCACCACGGGGUGGUUGUUCUCUUUGGGGUCUACAGCUAUAGCAUGGUGCUCAAAGAAGCAACCCAUCACUGCAUUAUCCAGCACUGAGGCUGAAUACAUAUCCAUUACUUCAGCUGCAUGCGAGGCAAUCUGGCUGCGAGGUCUAUUAGAAGACUUGAAUGAAGCACAGGGCAGUCCCAGCAUCAUUCGUUGUGACAACAAAGCUGCCAUUUCAAUUGCUCGAAAUCCAGUUAUGCAUGGGCGUACAAAGCAUAUCGACACCCGCUACCACUUCAUUUGUGAGCUCAUGAAAGAUGGAUUAAUUGACAUAACUCACUGUGGAACAAAUGAACAAGUGGCGGAUGUUUUUACCAAAGCAUUGCCAAAUCACAAGUUUGAAUACUUCAGGAAUAUGCUGGGAAUCAGAGAGUUGUAA